UCAAAAGCAAUUGCCACAAACACAAAUAAAAAAUCACACAUACAUCACAACACAGAAAAUGUGUACAACUUUCACCCUUUGUCACACCCCCCUCACCACCCCCACCAAAUGACAAAGAUGCACAAAAAACUCACCUCCUCCUCCCCCUCGUCCCCUGCCACCUCCAACACCAACAACAAUGACCACUUGCUCCUCUUUCCACCAUUGACGUACUCCAGGUGGACACAGUGGCUCCUGAAGGACACCUCAGAAGACUGUAUAAUUCAUCACUCACAUCCAACAGCAGGGACGUCGCCCUUAAGAAGUUCGAGUGGUGGUGGGGGUGGGAGCAGUAGCAGUAGCAGAUUGUCCCCACCCAUUAAUCACCAACAACAGCAGCAGCAAACUCAUCAUAAGAGGAAUAACAUGGAGCUCAUUCAAUUAUUGGCUAUUAAUGCGUUAGAGUUUACGGCUCCCGUCUACUCAUUUCUCAACAAAUCCCCCCCUGACUCAUCCUCCCCUACAGAAAACCAUCACAUUGAAGAGAGUAAAAAACAAUUGGUGUCCAAAACAUCGACAGAAUUGAAAUUAGAACGUGAAUUUAUCCAAUUGAGUGGUCACCAGGGGACAUUUGCGCCCGCGGGUCCAAAUUCGUUGUGGAAAAAAAUGCCCCCGGAUUCUCAUCAGGAGGCAGAUAUUUACACCCACCUUAAAUCAACGCCUGCCGAUCCAUUCACUAAACACAUUCCACAUUUUAUCUCACAUACCAAUUAUAAUCAUACAGACUUCAUUGAAUUGGAAGACUUGAUAACCUUAUUUUCAUUGAAAUCCUUGAGUAUAAUGGACAUAAAAUUGGGUACUCGGACAUUUCUAGAGUCGGAAGUUUCCAACACUAAGCCAAGAUCCGAUCUAUACGACAAAAUGUACAAAAUUGACCCUACGGCCUUUACUAGAGAAGAAGACGAGUCAAAGUCCGUCACAAAAUUGAGAUACAUGCAAUUUAGAGAGGAAUUGUCAUCUACGACGGAUUUGGGAUUUAGAAUAGAAGGCGUCAAGCUUAGUGGCGAUCAACAGAUGAACGUCAACUUUCAGCGACUAAAAGAUGAAACAACGAUCAGUUCAAUUCUUGCUCGAUUUACGGCUGGAUUUCGAACAGAAUUUAGGAAGAAAUUACUAGAAUUAAGAUCGUGUUUGGAAUCGAGUGAAUUUUUUAAAACGCAUGAGAUGAUUGGCAGCAGCCUGCUGUUAAUCCACGACCAAAAUCGGUGUGGGGUUUGGAUAAUAGAUUUUGCCAAGACUUUUAAAUCUUCAACCCCAUUGGACCAUCGAUCUACGUGGAAAAUAGGGAAUCGGGCAGACGGCGUACUCACAGGAAUCGACAAUUUGAUAAGAUUAACAUAAAUUUUAUAUUUAUUUUUUCAGAGCAAUAAAAAACGAUUUUACAAAAAAACUCACAAAACAAAA